GUCUAAAUUUAUUGUGUUUGGUUGACAGGUUGGCGGUGAACGAGAUUCCUUUUAUGAUCUCAAAUUUGAAAAUCACUGACCGGAGUCACAGGCAAAAGCUACAACUCAAGGCAUUGGAUGCUGUGUUAUUUGGAGCUCCAAUACGUCCUCGCCACAAUUGGUUGAAGGAUUUUAUUCUUGCGGUUUCCAUGGUUGUUGGUAUUGGUGGCUGUUGGUUUGCUUACACACAAAACAGAAACUCUAAGGAACAUGUUGCAAAGAUGAUGAAAGAACUAGACAGUCUGCAUAAAGCUGAGGAAAGCCUGAUGGAAUUUCAAGCAAGACUUCAGAAAGCUCAAGAAGAAAACCGAACUGUUGAAGUGGAAAAGCAAAAUUUAGAACAAAAGAUGAAAACUGAAAUAAAUGAUGCCAAAAGGGAGGCACAGCGUCUGAGAGAAUUACGCGAGGGUUCAGAGACUGAACUCAGCCGGCUGAAAUAUGCAGAAGAGGAGCUUGUACAGGUUCGUGUGGCACUGAAGAAUGCAGAAAAGGAGUUGGAGGUUCGCAGUGCCUGGGCACUGCCAGAAACUCUGCAGAAAUGGUUGCAGCUUACUCAUGAAGUAGAGGUUCAAUAUUACAACAUUAAGAAACAUAGUGCUGAAUUACAACUCAAUGCUGUAAAAGAGGAGGCAGAGAAGAUUAAGAAGAAGCGUAACACUGUAUUUGGAACAUUCCAUGUGGCUCACAGUUCCUCUCUGGAUGAGGUUGAUCACAAAAUCCUGGGAGCAAAGUAA